AUGGUCAAGGCGAUGUGGGUUGCUUAUUUUUUUGACCAUGUAGAAGUGAAAGGGGUAAAAAGUAGAACUCACGGAGUUGAUGUAUAUGCUGUGAAAUGUGUUGAUUUAAUGAGAAUUCCUUAA